AAUGAUUACGGUUAUCAGCAACCGUCGUAUCCUGAACAAGGCUACGAUAGGCCUUAUGAGGAUUCCUCACAACAUUACUACGAAGGAGGAAACUCGCAAUAUGGUCAGCAGCAAGAUGCAUAUCAAGGACCACCUCAACAGCAGGGUUAUCCACCACAACAGCAGCAAUAUCCAGGCCAACAAGGCUAUCCAGGACAACAGCAGGGUUAUGGCCCUUCCCAGAGUGGUCCAGGACCUCAGUAUCCCAAUUAUCCACAAGGACAAGGCCAGCAGUAUGGGGGAUACAGACCCACACAGCCUGGGCCACCACAGCCACCACAGCAGAGGCCUUAUGGAUAUGACCAGGGUCAGUAUGGAAAUUAUCAACAGUGAAAAAGUAUUCACAUUCCGGUAGGCAAUAUCUAUUAGCAGCCAUAUUGUCUCCUCAGCACUGUGGACAUCUUCCCAAGAUGAGAACCUACCAUUCCAUCUAGCUUUUGGAAAAAUCUUGUGGCUGUUUUAUGGUAUACAGUCUUUAUGGGUUAAUUGUUAAAGACUGUGAUUCUCAGAAACUGAUUUCACAUCUCUACUCUAGAUGGCAAUAUUGGACAGAAAAUAUGUGACAUAACAAUGUGCAGUGAGUUGAGAACUAUAUAUCAAAUAGACUGUUACAGACUGAAAGGUGUGAACAGCUUCGUAUGUUUAUGAAGGUUAUGGGAAUUUAAUAUUUUUUCCACAGAUUUUUUUUGUAGGGGCAAAGGGGAAAUGCACACUUUUUACAGCAGCAAUAUUUUGUAUAUUAUGUUUUUCAUGUGGUGAAUAUGCAAGACAGUACACUACUCGCUGGACAGGAUAAGAAAUCUACUGUUAAAAAUGGGUUGGGGCGUGAUAAGUGCUUGAUUGUAUAAGUCUUGAAAUGGUGUACAAUAAAGAUAACAGUGGAAAAAAAGAUGGAGAGCAUCGUACAUCACUGAUAGGUUCAUGUACAAAGAAUAAAAAUCCCAGUUAUCUAAGUGGGAACAUAAUUAAGGACAGUAUAAUAUAGUCUUGUGCAGAGAUUAAUUUUUUAAGCUUUCCAAUUUUUCUGAGUGAAGCAUUUUUGUAAAAAUUGUUUCUAACAUAGUUUGACAAUUUUCUGCAACAUUUUUUGGGUAACAAGAUAAACGUUUGGGUUUUAUUUCUCAAGUGUUUUGUCACAGCUUUGCAUAAGCAAGCUGUAAUCCCUUUUAAUAAUUGCAAUAACAAAGAAAAUGACAAGUGUUAAUUUUACUUGGCUUGAAUAUGCAAAGAACUUGAAAAAAAAUAUGGAGGACAGGACUGUAUUGUAUAAGUGUAUUUUAACCUUUAGUUGAAUAAAUUGUAUGUAUCAAAAUAGCCUAGAAGACUUUGUAAAACCUAUCUAAACUUUCCUAACUGGGAGUUAAUAUCUUUAGAAAGGGGGCAUUUUUUGUGUGUGUCCAUUUUUCUUAUUGGUUAACAUGAGACCAAGGGAUGUUUUAUAACAUCUAAUAUAAAACCUGUUGGUGAGGUAAAUGCCAAAUUUUGUUUUGAACUGCAUUAAUGCUUGUAGUGUUGCAUGUGAGAUAGAGGCAGCACCUUGAUCAAUAGCAUAGUACACAAAAAAUUGGUUUUGAGACUGUCCUGCAACUGUAUAUCAGAUAAAUAAAUGGAUAUUCUGUUAGGCAGGAAUAUAUGCAUUCAAGAAUUCCUGGCAACUUUUAUAAAGGACAAAACUUAAAAUCAGCCCAGGAGUAAAAUAAUCUUUUUUUUCAGUUGGUGAUGGGGGGAAGAAAGGAAAACCAACUGGUGUUCAUAUGUGUGACAUUAUACAUGGAAGGCAAGAUUUUCAAUUUGUUCAUAAUUUUUAAAGGGAAAACAAUUUUCUUAAAGUCGAUACAAAAUACACACCAAGGUUUGAACAGAUACGGCAUGAGGAACAUUAUUAUGAAUGAAAUGCUUGUAGGUUCUGUGCCAAUUUUCCACCACUGUGUACUUCGUUGCUAUUUAAAACUGUACUCCAUCAAUUCUAACGGAAGAAUAAAUUAUUUGUGGUUUUAA